GGGAGUUAGAUACUGUGGCAGCAAAACACUCUUUGUCUCCUGAGGAGCGUGCCUGCGACAGAGCUUUUUAACAAACACCGUACGCAGCGAGAACGGUAGCUUUGUCGUCUCCAUGCCGCUAAAGGACGAUCCGUCAGUCUUAGGAGAAUCCUUUCAAAUGGCCAAGUGCCGUUUUUUAUCUUUAGAGCGCAAAUUUCUUCGGGAGCCUGUUUUUAAGGAUAUAUACAUGGAGUUCAUGCACGAAUAUGAACGCCUAGGUCACAUGACUGAAAACAAAGAGUCUUCAUUUGGCGACUUACAACAGCUCAAUUAUUUUUUACCUCAACACGGAGUCAUCCGUGAGUCCAGCCUUACCACCAAGCUUCGCACAGUCUUCGACGCUUCCGCCGUAUCUAGUUCUGGAUUGUCACUUAACGACAUUCAAAUGGUAGGGCCGACUGUACAAGAAGACCUUUAUUCUAUUUUAUUACGUUUUCGCCAGCAUAAAUACGUCAUUACUGGAGAUAUAGAAAAAAUGUACAGAGCGAUUGAGCUUAAUCCCGCCCAACGCUCACUUCAACAAAUCAUAUUUAGGUAUGACUCAUCACACCCGUUAAAAACGUACACCUUAAACACGGUGACUUAUGGUACGGCGUCUGCCCCAUACUUAGCCACGAAGUUUUUGGUGAGCUUAGCAUCCAGCGCUCUCGAUAGCGACGUAAAGCAGUCGAUUCAACGCGAUUUUUACGUUGAUGAUUAUUUAAGCGGGUCGUUGACUAUUGACGACACUAUCAAGCUGUGCAAAGGAGUUAUUAAUACACUUAAAACUGCAAAUUUCAAUUUACGCAAAUUUCAAUCAAAUAACAAAUUAAUUUUACAUCACGUUUCAUCUUCAUUACAAUCAGAUAAUGUCUUAGACAUAGCAAACAGCGAUAGUAAUGUUUCGUCUAAAACUUUAGGUCUAAAUUGGAUUUGCGAUUUAGACAUUUUGUCAUUUUCUAUCAAUAUCGAACUUCGGGAAAAAGUGACAAAACGUCACAUACUUUCCGUUAUAAGUCAGAUCUUCGACCCAUUGGGUCUCGUGGGCCCCUGUGUCAUCGAAGCAAAGCUCAUCAUGCAGAGGCUAUGGAUCGAACGACGCUCAUGGGACGAUGAGGUUUCAACGGAAAUAAAACGUUCAUGGUUUUCGUUCGCCGACACCUUACCACUUCUUAACCACUUAAAGGUUCCUCGGUGGGUACUUCAAGACCAUUCAAUAUUCCAUGAAAUUCAUGUGUUUUCGGACUCUUCUGAGCGAGCAUAUGGGGCUUGCGUCUACAUUCGCUCUAUAGACGCAUCAGGCUCUAUCAAAGUAAAACUUUUGACUUCUAAGAGGUAGCGCCAAUAAAGCCAACAACUAUUCCGCGCCUGGAACUUUGCGGAUCGUUAGUGGCUGCAAGACUGUGUAACAAAGUAUUAACCUCUUUAACACUACAUAUCAGCAAGUGUAGAUUCUGGUGUGACUCAACUAUUGUUUUAGGGUGGUUAAAAACACCACCUACUAACCUUAAAAGUUUCGUAAGGAAUCGUGUACAUGAAAUUCGGGAAUGCACAGAGGGUCAAACGUGGAGCUACGUACCGUCGAAGGACAAUCCGGCGGAUCUUGUUUCCCGUGGGCUGAAGGCUGACCUCAUCAGCGGUUCAGAAUUGUGGUGGUCAGGGCCACCUUUCUUAACAGACAUUGAAACUAAUUGGCCACAAGUGCCCAACGUCGGCGUGAAACAGAAUCUACCAGAGUUGAUCACCUGUUCCUUCGCGCUUAACAAUUCAAAUGCAGACUUAAUAUCUAACUUAAUCAAAAACAAAUCUAAUUUAACAAACUUACAAAACACUAUAGUAUAUUUACAAAUAUUUAUUUGCAACUGUAAGAACCCGAAAAUGCAAAUGAAAGAACAUUUUUCAGUUCAAGAGCUCCAAAAUUCCUUAAAUUUCAUUAUUCUUAAAUCUCAAUCUGAGAUGUUUCCUGACGAAUAUACUCUUCUUAAAGCCGGAAAGGCGCUUCCUAACAAAAAUCGACUUAUAGCUUUAAGCCCAUUUCUCGAUGCUAAUAACAUAAUAAGGGUUGGUGGAAGACUUCCCCUUACAAUUACGACACAAAGCACCCAAUUUUGUUAUGCAACAAACAUCAUUUCACUAAGCUUAUGUUUGAACAUUUUCAUCUAAAAUAUUUACAUGCACCGCCACAACUUCUGUUAGGAAAUAUUAAGCAAACUUAUUGGCCCUUAGGUGGCAAAAACCUAGCUAAAGCUACAGUUAACAAAUGUAUGCGAUGCUUCCGGUACAGGGCGGAAACUGUUCAGCCCAUCAUGGGCCAGCUCCCCGCCUCACGUACCGAACUAGAGUUUCCCUUUCUUCAUUGCAACGUCGACUACGCCGGGUCAGUGUUGAUAGCAGACCGUAAAAGCAGAGGUUGUAAACUUAUUAAGUCUUUUUUGGCAAUCUUUAUUUGCAGUUCGGUAAAGGCCUGUCAUAUUGAGCUCGUUACGGCACUAUCCAGCGAAGCAUAUAUUGCCGCUUUAAAUCGCUUUGUGUCCCGUCGCGGAAAGCCCAAGAGCAUCACGUCAGAUAACGGUUCGAAUUUUAUCGGUGCAAGCAACGAGCUGGCUCAAUUUCUUCUUCAAUCGGAACUUGAAGGUCAAAUGGCUCAAGAAGGCAUAGAAUUUAAAUUUAUUCCCGCUUUUACCCCUCACUUUAAUGGCUUAGGUGAAGCAGCAGUACGCUCAACAAAACACCAUCUUAAGCGUUUAUUACAAAACACUCAUUUAACUUAUGAGGAAAUGGCUACAUGCCUCACUCAAAUAGAGGCUGUUUUGAAUUCUCGGCCCCUCACCCCUAUUUCCACUGAUCCCUCAGAUUUCUCCGCAUUGACUCCUGCCCACUUUUUGAUUGGACGCUCACUAAUUGCUAUCGCUCAACCACAAAUAGGUGAUGCGAAUAUAACCCGCCUUGAUCGAUUCAAGAGAAUCGAGCUUAUAAAGCAGCACUUUUGGAGCCGAUUUUCACUAGAGUAUGUCAAUCUGCUCCAGCAAAAGGUAAAAUGGCGGUCAUCGACCAAGGAGCUGAAAUUGGGAUCUCUUGUUCUUGUCAAGAAAAGAGCUCUCCCACCAUUGAUGUGGUCCUUAGGACGAGUCAUGCAGCUCUAUACUGGGAGCGACGGCGUUUCCAGACUCGCCGAGUUGAAGACAAGGAGAGGCACAAUUCGAAGAGCCUUUAAUAACAUCUGUCCCCUUCCAGAUUUUUGAAGUUCUCUGCACACUUCAACCCGGGGAGCAUGUUGGGAACCGGUUGCAUGUACGGGCGGGUGGAGACGCGCGGGAGGACGUCUCGUCGAGCGGCAGCGGCGCGGCGGCUGGAGGUUGGGACGAUACUCCACCGCGGUCGGACGACAACACUAAUUUAAUUUAUAAUAAUAAUUUUAUCGAGUAGACCGGGUUAUUGUAAAGUACGGAUGAUUAUAUCAGCCCUAUAAGAAUAU